UAUAUUGUUUGCCGACAUUGUCGGCUUUACCGUCUUGUCGUCGCAAUGUAGUGCACAGGAGUUAGUAAGACUGUUGAACGAGCUGUUCGGGCGAUUUGAUCAACUGGCGCACGACAACCACUGCUUGCGCAUCAAAAUUCUCGGCGAUUGCUACUACUGCGUUUCGGGUCUGCCUGAACCGCGUAAAGAUCACGCUAAGUGCACCGUCGAAAUGGGGCUGGAUAUGAUCGAUGCCAUUGCCACCGUGGUGGAGGCCACCGAUGUGAUAUUGAAUAUGCGUGUGGGCAUACAUACGGGACGGGUGCUUUGCGGUGUACUGGGGCUACGCAAAUGGCAAUUCGAUGUCUGGUCCAACGAUGUGACAUUGGCCAAUCACAUGGAAUCGGGUGGAGAACCGGGGCGAGUGCAUGUUACACGCGCCACACUUGACGCUCUAUCGGGCGAAUAUGAAGUUGAAGCAGGACAUGGCGAUCAGCGUUCGUCGUAUCUACGUGAUCAUGGUGUGGAUACGUAUUUCAUAGUGCCACCACCUCAUCGGCGAAAGCCAUUAAUGCUAAAUACGCUUGGUGUACGCUCGGCCAUUGGUAGUCGUCGCAAAUUGUCAUUUCGUAAUGUCUCGAAUGUUGUGAUGCAACUAUUGCAUACGAUAAAAUUUUCGGAGCCAGUACCAUUUUCCAACAUUGCCACCGGGUCGUUUCCAUCAUCG